AUACCUCAUUCUCUCAUACCAAUUUGUAGUAGAACUGUGUAAAUUAAGCAAACAUAUUUUACAAAAAAUGGAACCAAACAAUUGUUCCAACAAACAAACAAAAGAGCUAUUAGAUGCAGUUGGUUUUAUAUGGAACCAUAGUUUAUCGUUCCUAAAUUCCAUGGCUCUAAAGUGUGCCAUUCAACUAGGCAUCUCAGAUGCCAUCAAAAAACAUGGCAAACCCAUGACUCUUGAUGACUUAACUACCUCCCUUUCGAUCCCCCUUAACAAGGCUUCGUCCUUGCAUCAAAUGAUGCGUCUUCUUGUUCACAACAAUUUCUACACUUCCCAAAUUUUAUCGACUACUGGAGAACAAGUAUACGACCUUACCCUAAACUCCGAACUCCUUUUAAAAGAUCACCCUCUUACUCAUGCACCCUUAGCCCUAAUAGGGAUAACUCCACAAUUAACUGAACCAUCUCAUAAUUUUGCUAGUUGGUUUCAAAGUCAUGACCAAUCUUGUGAGUCUUCUUUUCACGUGGCUCAAGGCAUGCAUUUGUACAAAGGCAUGCCUAGUGAUGCCAAACUCAAUGACUUGUUUAACCUAGCCAUGGCUAGUGACUCUCGAUUGAUUUCGAGCUUGUUGCUGGUUAAUGAUGAGUUCAAACGCCUAGUCCAUGGCAUUGAAUCCAUCGUUGAUGUUGGUGGUGGUACCGGUACUAUGGUUAAGGCCAUUGCUGAGGCUUUUCCUGAGAUGAAUUGUAUCUUGUUUGAUCAACCACAUGUUGUCAACAAUUUAGAGCAGCCAAAUGAAACAAGGAACUUGAGUUAUGUUGCUGGUGACAUGUUCAAAGCUAUACCUCAAGCUAAUGUCGUCUUACUCAAGUGGAUAUUGCAUAAUUGGAGCGAUGAAAAUUGCAUAAAAAUACUUGAAAAGUGUAAAGAAGCAAUUCCAAGUAGAGAGAAAGGAGGAAAGUUGUUGACCAUAGAUAUGGUCGUCGGAAUCCCAACUGACGAUGAAAAUCACACGAAAUCUCAAUUUCUUGCGGAUAUUCAAAUGUCGUAUCUCUUUGGUGGAAAAGAAAGAACUGAACAACAAUGGAAAAUUCUCUUUGAUAAGGCUGGUUUUUGUGACUACGUCAUUUUACCAAUUUUAGGGUCGAGGUCUGUUAUCGAGGUUUUUCCUGCAUAACAAUAUUUUGAGUUGAUGAUGGUAUCUACGUUGUGUGUGAUUGUUCUUUGAUAAAGUUUUAUGGGUGUGUAACAAGUUUUUGGUUACGUACAUUAAGUUUGCACUUGUGUGUUCUUUUUAUCAUGUUUCGCAAUUUUUUUUUUUCCAAACUUACACGAUCGAUAUUCGUGUUUACAUUUGUAUGCUGUUAUUUUACUUUAAAUAGUAUAAUUCUAAGUGGAAUGAAGAUGGGA